GAUGGGAGACAACGAUCGACACUUUGUUUUUACGCACAGGGCGCGGACACACCUGACCUGAGUAUCUUUUCGUUUCGUUUGGAAUUGCGAAUGAAUGGAGCUGGAAAUUAGAUUCAUUCAUCACUAAAUAAUAAGAAGUCCGUUAUAAGCAGCGUAGAGGCAAGUUGUGGAAUUAUGUCAAUUAUACCAGGAUUUUUGCAGUGGAAGAGGAGCGAAUAACUUUAGCCAAUAUGCGUUUUUGGAUUAUGCCUCGACUCGCCCGACUGUCCUAUGGAAUAUAGCCCAAUAUAUCAGAACCUGCAUUUUGUCUCAUCAUCCCCCGUGAAGAAUAAACUAUUUGUUUUCUGCAUCAUGUUGUCCCUGUGGGUGUAUAUGAUAUAUUGCUGCGUCGGAUACUGUUCAACCAUGCCAAGUGUGACGGUCAGUACAGCCAGCAGUAAACAUUCACAACAUCUCGAAACAGUUGACCCGAACAGAACUCAACCCCGACUCCAAAACGAAGAGGACUUGGAAUCCGAACACCGAGAAGAUCCGUUAGAUUCCUUACAUCCGUUAUUCGGCGCAUCAUCCAGGGACGUGUUAAAUAAUGAGAAUGAUUUGGACAGCAGAGGAGGGGAGGACUGGGAUGAGAUUCGAAGCGAGCAGAGGACGUUGGAUAAUAAUGGCUUGUCAAGUCUCUUUAACGAGUCAGGGCCGGUGGAGAGUAAGAAGUUGCCCCAGGCGAUUAUCAUCGGGGUGAAGAAGGGAGGCACACGGGCGCUGCUGGAGUUCCUCCGCGUGCAUCCCGACAUUAGAGCUGUUGGGGCCGAGCCGCACUUCUUUGAUCGGAACUAUGACAAGGGGCUGGAGUGGUACAGAGACCGUAUGCCUGAGACUCAGGAGGGUCAGAUCACCAUGGAGAAGACCCCCAGCUACUACGUCACUAAAGCCGUCCCGGCCCGUAUCCACACCAUGUCCCCAGACACCAGGCUGAUUGUGGUGGUCCGAGACCCCGUCACCAGGGCCAUCUCAGACUACACUCAGACCCGCUCCAAGAAACCUGACGUCCCCUCCUUUGAGAGCCUCGCCUUCAAGAACAGAACUACGGGUCUCAUCGACACGUCCUGGAGCGCCGUCCAGAUCGGGAUGUAUGCCAAGCACCUAGAACGCUGGCUGCAGUACUUCCCCAAGGACCAGCUCCUCUUCAUCAGCGGUGAGAGGUUGAUCUCCGACCCAGCCGGGGAGAUGACACGCGUACAGGACUUCCUGGGGCUCAGGAGGGUGGUCGGUCACAAACACUUUCACUUCAACCCAGCCAAGGGCUUCCCCUGUCUGAAGAGGCCGGAGGGGAAUAGUAAACCCCACUGUCUGGGGAAAACCAAAGGAAGGAUUCAUCCUAAUAUUGACCCUGAGGUGGUACAGAAGCUGAGGGACUUUUAUCAACCUUUCAACAGGAGGUUUUAUCAGAUGACGGGACAUGACUUUGGAUGGGGUUCAUGGAGCUGAGCGACGGAGACAUUGAGGGAAUCCGAAAUGGAACCCUAUUCCCUAUGUAGCGCACUACCCUGGUCAAUAGUAGUGCACUACCCUGGUCAAUAGUAGUGCACUAUAAUAUUGGACAAAAUGGCACCCUCUUCCCUAUGUAGCGCACUACCCUGGUCAAUAGUAGUGCACUACCCUGGUCAAUAGUAGUGCACUAUAAUAUUGGACAAAAUGGCACCCUCUUCCCUAUGUAGCGCACUACCCUGGUUAAUAGUAGUGCACUAUAAUAUUGGACAAAAUGGCACCCUCUUCCCUAUGUAGCGCACUACCCUGGUCAAUAGUAGUGCACUAUAAUAUUGGACAAAAUGGCACCCUCUUCCCUAUGUAGCGCACUACCCUGGUCAAUAGUAGUGCACUAUAAUAUUGGACAAAAUGGCACCCUCUUCCCUAUGUAGCGCACUACCCUGGUCAAUAGUAGUGCACUAUAAUAUUGGACAAAAUGGCACCCUCUUCCCUAUGUAGCGCACUACCCUGGUCAAUAGUAGUGCACUACCCUGGUCAAUAGUAGUGCACUAUAAUAUUGGACAAAAUGGCACCCUCUUCCCUAUGUAGCGUACUACCCUGGUCAAUAGUAGUGCACUAUAAUAUUGGACAAAAUGGCACCCUCUUCCCUAUGUAGCGUACUACCCUGGUCAAUAGUAGUGCACUAUAAUAUUGGACAAAAUGGCACCCUCUUCCCUAUGUAGUGCACUACCCUGGUCAAAUGUAGUGCACUACCCUGGUCAAUAGUAGUGCACUACUGAGGUGUUAUGGUGCCCUUUCAGACAGAGAUGUUGUAUCUUUAUUUGAGGGGUUUUAGGUUGUAAUUGUAACGUUUUGGAGAUAUUGUUAUACUGUGUAUAUAAGGCAGCGCGUGUAAAAAGAACAGAAGUCUAUUUUAUGAUAAUUUAUUUCUAGGAUAUUAUGAACUCACUGAGCUGCCUAUCCAUGGUUGUUGAGGAUCAUCACACAUCUUUACAUUCCUGUUUGUAAAAUCUUCAUUUGAAGGGCAUUUUGUAAUCUUGAAAUUACCUCAGAAAAAUACAUGUGCAGGAAUUGUGGAAAUGAAAAUAGAACAGCACAAUUCUGUUACGGGUAGCAGCACUCGACCAGCCGGGUUAGACUAGAGCUAUUGUUUCCCUUCAUAUACAUGCAAUGACUUUAUAAUGCUGCAUCAGCUCAUUCUCCCUACCUUUACCACAUUGGUUUUUAACAUGGCUGUACGAAUACCACACCAUCUCAGCAAAAAUGGUUCAAUCACAAAGGUUGGUAGAAUGAGGACGUACAAAUAUUGUAACGACCAGAGAAUUAGUGUUGGGUCAUUGAACACGGAGGCAUCUCUGUAGCCUCUUUGUUUUUAAAAGAUGUUAAAACCCACUCCAGGAGUCCAAAUCAACCUCCUUAAGAUCAGCCUGACCUCCAGAGGUCUGUGGGCCCACUGCAUCCACCAGAUCAAUAUAUAGAACCCCAGCUGAUGCCGUCUGUCUGCGUCCCAAAUGGCUCCCUGCUCACUUAAUCGUUCACUACUUAAGACCAGAACCCAUGGGGCAUUUAGGGAACAGGGAACCAUUUGGGAUGCCCUCCCAGUGUCACUAUGACAGCUAUAUCAAUACAGUAAUAACUCAUCAUCACAUCAAUUACACGUGAGUGAUGUCACAUUACAGCUGAGUGAUGUCACAGUGCAGCUGGGUGAUGUUACAUUACAGCUGAGUGAUGUCACAGUGCAGCUGAGUGAUGUCACAUUACAGCUGAGUCAUGUUACAGUGCAGCUGAGUGAUGUAACAUUACAGCUGAGUGAUGUCACAGUGUAGCUGAGUGAUGUCACAUUACAGCUGAGUCAUGUCACAUUACAGCUGAGUGAUGUCACAUUACAGCUUAGUCAUGUCACAGUGCAGCUGAGUGAUGUCACAUUACAGCUGAGUGAUGUCACAUUACAGCUGAGUGAUGUCACAUUACAGCUGAGUCAUGUCACAGUGCAGCUGAGUGAUGUCACAUUACAGCUGAGUGAUGUUACAUUACAGCUGAGGGAUGUCACAUUACAGCUGAGUGAUGUCACAGUGCAGCUGAGUGAUGUCACAUUACAGCUGAGUGAUGUCACAUUACAGCUGAGUGAUGUCACAGUGCUGUCUCUGGACUCUCCUGCUAUAAAACAAGGAUCCGUCAAAAGGACUGCUGUUGGAGCAGAUGUUAUCACCACAGCCCUCUGUAGUCCUGUUAGGUAAAGUUAACAGGACUGCUGUUGGAUCAGAUGUUAUCACCACAGCCCUCUGUAGUCCUGUUAGGUAAAGUUAACAGGACUGCUGUUGGAUCAGAUGUUAUCACCACAGCCCUCUGUAGUCCUGUUAGGUAAAGUUAACAGGACUGCUGUUGGAUCAGAUGUUAUCACCACAGCCCUCUGUAGUCCUGUUAGGUAAAGUUAACAGGACUGCUGUUGGAUCAGAUGUUAUCACCACAGCCCUCUGUAGUCCUGUUAGGUAAAGUUAACAGGACUGCUGUUGGAUCAGAUGUUAUCACCACAGCCCUCUGUAGUCCUGUUAGGUAAAGUUAACAGGACUGCUGUUGGAUCAGAUGUUAUCACCACAGCCCUCUGUAGUCCUGUUAGGUAAAGUUAACAGGACUGCUGUUGGAUCAGAUGUUAUCACCACAGCCCUCUGUAGUCCUGUUAGGUAAAGUUAACAGGACUGCUGUUGGAUCAGAUGUUAUCACCACAGCCCUCUGUAGUCCUGUUAGGUAAAGUUAACAGGACUGCUGUUGGAUCAGAUGUUAUCACCACAGCCCUCUGUAGUCCUGUUAGGUAAAGUUAACAGGACUGCUGUUGGAUCAGAUGUUAUCACCACAGCCCUCUGUAGUCCUGUUAGGUAAAGUUAACAGGACUGCUGUUGGAUCAGAUGUUAUCACCACAGCCCUCUGUAGUCCUGUUAGGUAAAGUUAACAGGACUGCUGUUGGAUCAGAUGUUAUCACCACAGCCCUCUGUAGUCCUGUUAGGUAAAGUUAACAGUUCUUGGAUCAGACCGCAUUUAUUGGGAACUCAAUGGUGCAUUGUUGUGUUAUUGUUGUUGAAAUGGAAAUUCAAAGGCUACGAUUCAAUCCGAUCGCACGUUGCAGUGCUCUUGACAUCAGAAAGUAAAUUCCAGCUGAGCCAAUGUUAACAGAGGUUUACCUUGAAGGUCACCUCUGUGAAAGUGGGAACAUUACCUCUGUGAAAGUGGGAACAUUACCUCUGUGAUAGUGUGCAGCGCUGUAGCGAGCCUUCAAUUGAAUCGUGACCAACGUCUUGCUAUUCAGGGCUCACAAUUCCUUUCUCCUAAGUCUGUGUAUGGGUGAGUUUUAUUCAUCCCUAUACAGAGAGAUACGCCAAUGACAAUGUUUCUACCCAUCAAAUAUGAUGAUAAUGUAUUGAUAAAAAAUCAUACAUAUACAAACAUAUACAUACAUGAACAAAUCCAAUUAUUUUGCUGUAUAGUUUCCAUUUUAUAAAGAUGUAAAUGAGGCCGUUGUGAGUAAAAUAGCGUUAUUGUUGUUA